AUGGCAGACCAAACAGCGCAAUCGCCAAAUCCGGCGGAAAUACCAUCAUCGCCCACCGUAGUCUCAGCGCCACAACAGACAGAGCUCAUCGCUGCCAAUGACGAGCACGACGACGAGGUUGAAGACGAUGCCGAUUCUACUCUUGGUGCAGACGCUGAAUUUGCUGACCGUCAUCCGAAUGUCGAGAUUGUUGGUACCGACCUAUCCCCAUGUCAGCCAGAAUGGGUUCCACCAAACGUUCGCUUCGAAAUAGACGACGCAGCCCUCAGUUGGACAUGGGGUCCUGAUGAGUUCGACUUCAUUCAUAUCCGUUACAUUUUCGGUGCUAUCAAAGACUGGUCUGCCCUGUUCUCUGAGGCCUACCGCUGCUGUGUUCCUGGAGGCUGGGUCCAAUCCGCUGAAGCUGAUGUCGAGUUUCGUUGUGAUGACGGUACUAUCGACAAAGAGCCAAACCUCAAGAUAUAUAAGAAGCUGUUUGAAGAAGGAGCCAAGAUUCUCGGAAAUCCUUUCUUUGUUUAUGAUCAACAGGUUCAAGGCUUCAAAGACGCUGGCUUUGAGGACAUCACGACUGUUGACUACAAGAUUCCUGUCGGAGAUUGGCCGAAAGAUCCCAAGCUCGCCGAGGUUGGGAGAUUUGUUCGCGCUUGCUAUACUACUAUGAUGUGGAACGAUGUGCUGAAGUGGCCUAAGGACGAAUACCAGCUGUUCCUGAUGAGCAUUCGCAAAGCCAUCAAGAACCCUAGGAUCCACACAUACAUGAGGGUUCGAUAUGUAUAUGGACGUAAGCCAUCAUCACCGUAA